AUGUCUAAUAUCGAAUCGAAGACUCCUGUCGACGCAGGCGAAGUGGAAAAGAGUCACAUCUACGAUGGCUCGGGCACCGAGGAUGACCCAUUCGUGGUGGAGUUCCAAAAAGACGAUCCCAGCAAUCCGAUGAACUGGGGUGAGCUCCGCAAAUGGUUCAUUGCAGCGAUUGCAACUUCCUCGGUCUUUGCAGUGACCUUUACUUCCUCCGCUUACUCGGUGUCGGCAAAUGAAGUCUUUCAUGGUUUCGACAUCAGCAACGAGGUCUUCAUUGUCGGGAUCUCUCUCUUUGUGCUCGGGUUUGCGAUUGGCCCUGCUAUAUGGGGCCCCUUGAUCCUCUGGCUUAUUACUCACAUUGCCAUGGUCGCCUUUGUGGGGGGAUCCGCAGGCAGCCCAAACGUGGCUACUCUCCUCAUCUUGAGAUUUUUUGCUGGCACAUUUGGGGGAUCGCCACUCGUAAACUCUGGUGGAACAAUUGCAGAUCUCUUUCCGCCUGCCAAACGUGGCUUGGCAUUGACCAUCUACUGUGUUGCACCCUUUCUCGGUCCCAUCUUGGGCCCGAUCGUGGGCGGGUUCGUGUCUGAGAACAUCGGAUGGGUAUGGGUCCAGGGUGUCUGCGUGAUCUUUAUUGGCAUAAUCGGUAUAUUUGGUAUUGUAUUUAUUCCUGAAACUUAUGGCCCAGUGCUACUUCAACGACGGGCGCGUCAAUUAGCCAAGGCCGAUGGCAAGGUCUACGUGAGCGUUUUGGAAAAGAACCAAGGGAAGAAGAAACCGUCGGAGGUCUUCAAGCGUGCUUUGGUCCGUCCGUGGAUCUUCCUCUUCCUCGAGCCCAUCGUCUUAAUAGCAUCACUCUACAUGGCUAUUAUCUACGGCACAGUCUACAUGUUCAUGGGCGCCAUGCCCAUCGUGUACAACGAAGACCGUGGUUGGAGGGAAGGCAUCGGCGGACUGUCAUUCUUGGGAAUUGCUGUUGGCAUCAUCUUCGGUCUGAUAUACGCCAUCUGGGACAACAACAGCCGAUACAUGAAGCUGUUCGCGGCGAAAUCUGUAACGGCCGAAUCCCGCCUGCCACCUGCGAUUGUCGGAGGUAUCGCCCUCCCUAUCGGCAUGUUCGCCUUUGCCUGGACCAACUACCCCAGCAUCCACUGGUCAGCCAGUAUCAUCCUGUCUGCACCAUUUGGAUUCGGCUGUGUACUCGUCAUCCUGCCCAUCAUGAACUACUUGAUCGACACUUACACCAUCUAUGCGGCUUCUGUCUUGGCUGCAGCUGCCAUCUUCCGCUCGGUCGUGGGUGCUGCCUUCCCUCUAUUCACGACACAAAUGUAUCACAACUUGGGGGUUCACUGGGCAUCCUCUAUCCCGGCAUUCAUGACUCUCGCGUGCAUGCCAUUCCCGUUGAUCAUGUAUCGAUAUGGUGCAGCGGUACGAAUGAAGUGCAAGUACUCAUUCGAAGCGGCAGAGAUGAUGAGGAAGAUGCAACUGCAGCAAGCAGCUGCUAGGUAG